ACUGUGCUCCCCCUAUCGUCGUUCGCAUUCACAUCGUCACAUGCCUUCCGAUUUAAUGCGUUGAGUGUUUCUUUCAGUUAUGCAUUUCACUGUUCAUUCAUUUUCACCUCGUUAUCAUAACGAAAAGUCCUCCAAAAACCGAAUCGAAUUCCACGACUUAAAUCGUUCCUGUUGUCUCACAACUUCUCUCAUCUCUUUUCCCCUUUUGUCUCAUGGACAUCCAACAGUACAUCUUGAAAUAGAGCCACUGACUUUUCCAAACGCAUUGGGAUCAUGGGCUGCUUCCGUGACCGGCCUGUCAAGGCGAAACCACCUUCUCAACAAGGCGAGAUCUUGAGUUCUCGAGAUACUAACAAAACCCCCGAGCCGAAUCGAAAUGAAAUCACUGACCAUCUCGAUAAGGGAGUGAAACCCUUCAUCAGGUUCUCCAAGUUCCUCUUCAAAAGUCGGAGAUUCAAGGAUAUAGGUCUCAAGUCGCAGGGACAGUCCUCCGAGCUGCCGCCUCCUGCGAUAUCGAUAUCCCAAUCUACCGAACGCAGCAUUCAAGAACUCGCAAAGACUCAGCCUUCAAAGAAUCCCAAUCAGAUCGUCCGCUCGCCUAUCCUGCGCCUACCCGUCGAACUCAUCGAUAUGAUCUGCUACUGGCUGGGACAAGACUGCGAGGAUGCGUCAAAGAGAGAGGAAAUAAGGUGUCUCCUUCUGUUCCGACCGAAGUGGACGAGGAUGAAACGUACAUCCGCUGCACACAAGGGACUGCGUUCGAUGCUGUUGGCCUGUAGCAAAUUUGCGAGGUCAGCCGAAAGAGAGCUCUAUCGUCGAAUCCCGCUCCAUGACCACAAUCCAGAUUGUAUCACUUCAAUUAUCAGAGCUCUGCUUGUCGACCCCAACAGGCGCAAGUGGGUGGAAGCGCUCACUGUGGAGGAUUGUCGAGUCGAUCCCACUCGCCCUUGCUUUCUGGAGUCUAUCAAACAUGGCUACACUGCCGACGGAGCUGCAAAUCAGGCCACCAUGUCAUUAGAAAACCCUGCAAACGCACCCCUGAACGGGUAUACCGCCACGAGGCGCCUUCAAGACCGAUCGAUCUUCAAAGGAAUUAAGCACAUUGCCAGACAGUGUCUUUCGCGAUCCUUGGGACCGGAGCAUCAGCAACAGCUUUUUGAACACUUGAGCCAAUUCAAAUUUCCGUUCUAUGCCGAAUUGAUCUCCGCAAUCAAGUUCGGCCACGAAGAAGCACAGCUGAUGGCAUUAUUGACGAUGCUGCCCAAUCUCAUGGAGUUUGGGUGGAUGCCGAACGAUUGGCUUGUCCAGACCAACGAACGGUCGUUCUGCAUGAGACUAUUUUGGGUCGCCGGCAUACGAGCAAGCGGUAUCCCUAUUCCCCUGGCGCUGCCUGUCAUCCUUCCGCGAUUGGAGAAUAUUACUCUACAGUCAAUGUUGACCAUGACCACUCAUCAAGCUGCAUUGAUGAGGAUACCUGGUCUUACACGCCUUGAGAUCCACGAUCCUGUAUUCGAAGGCUACCUCCCGCCUCACGUACACAGUGGGCAGUUGCCUCCUUGCAUGAAAGAAUCCGAACUGCCGGUUUAUUGCUCCACCACAAUUUCAUCUCCGGUCCGAGAACUUGUACUCCGGGACGUGGAAAUGACAACUCUUAGGGAUGAACAGCACGUUUGCCUCAUGCUUUUGGAAAUGCCCAAGCUCAACUCACUCCAAAUGAGCAUCAUUAAGGGCACCCAAACGAGAUAUACCAAAGGAGUGCUAAGGCUUCAUCAUCGCACCCUUGAGAGCCUAGAGUGGACUUGCAGCUUGAGGUCGGACCACUUGCCGCUCGAGGCACAGGUAUGGGCAGAUUUCUGUUGCCACCCGAGACUGAAGCACAUUACUUUGUGCGAGGGAUGCCUUCGGCGAUGGAUCAUUGAAUCCGAUAAUCCGCUUCCGUUGCAGAUACCCGGGAACCUGGAGACGAUUGACUUUCUGGUUCCCUCCGCCGCGUUCACUGUGGAUCCUAGUCUUGAACUCCCCGGGCCUUACCGUGUGCUCAACGAGCGGUGGACUCUGCCAGCACCCUGCCGUGAGCUUGCAGUUUUUCUCUGGGAUUUGCUGUGCGCCAAUGUUGAGGUCAGACAUCCCGAUGGUCGUGUCAUGGAGGACUUUACCGAUAAGUCUGGCAUGCCAAAGGACCCUUGGGGGGCAUGGAAUUGGGUCAUGCAUAAUCCUCUAUGGAAGUGCGGUUGGGCCAAGAUGGGAAUUAGCAUCUAUCUGCAGCUGAUGUUCGAGUGCAAGGAAGGGGACGGCCACUUCGUGAUGAAAGAGAGGAUGAAAAUUGCAUAAACCUAUUCGAGGUGUACGUCUGUCCGCGCCAUAGCACGAAAAUCGGGGAAAGCUGGUUCGAAUAAGCGAGUGGCCUUGCACGACGCCUGACUGUGCCUUUACCGUGAAAAGAGGCUGGCUCUUUUGCUUCACAGUGAUGUAUACUCUGUAACGCAAGAGAUAGUACGUUAAGUGGGU